AUGGCAACACAAUUAUUCUAUAAUUGUACAUUACCAAGAUUUGGUCCAUUAUGUCAAUAUUCAUUAGAUAAUUACAUAUCUCAUAAUUCAUCAUUAUAUGAAAUUAUUUAUAAUUUUUAUCAACAUGAAUAUAAUCCUAUAAAUUUAACAUGUUAUACUCAUUUAGAAUGUAAUCGAAGUUCUACAUUAAUAUAUUUUGAUUAG